GCCUUCCCUGUGUUGAGAGAAGGUGCAGGUAAGCGUGUGGCAGAGCAGCUGCGAUCUCAUCUUCGUAAUAAUCUCUUUUCCGAGACGGUUCAGUGGACUCAAUGUUCAGCCAAAGGGCUGAGGCGGCUCUGCAGUUCUGCAGAGCAUCCUGGGGCCUCCAAGCCUCCGAUAAGCUCCUCCAGCAUGACAUCACGCAUCUUGCUACGCCAGCAACUCAUGCGUGAGCAGAUGGAGGAGCAGGAGCGCAGGGAGCAGCAGCAGAAACUGCAAGUAGCCCAGUUCAUGCAACAGAGAGUGCCCGUGAGUCAGACACCAGCUAUAAACGUCAGUGUGCCUAGCACCCUGCCCUCUCCCACUCAGGUGCCGAUGGAAGUCCUUAAGGUGCAGACCCACCUUGAAAACCCCACCAAGUACCACAUACAACAAGCCCAAAAGCAGCAGGUAAAGCAGUACCUUACUACCACUUUAGCAAAUAAACAUGCCAACCAAGUCCUGAGCUUGCCAUGUCCAAACCAGCCUGGCGAUCAUGUCAUGCCACCUGUGCCCGGGAGCAGCGCGCCCAACAGCCCCAUGGCUAUGCUUACUCUUAACUCCAACUGUGAAAAAGAGGGAUUUUAUAAGUUUGAAGAGCAAAACAGGGCGGAGAGCGAGUGCCUGAGUAUGAACGCCCACGCGCGAGCAUCCUGCAUGCAGAUGGAUGAUGUAAUUGAUGACAUCAUUAGCUUGGAAUCAAGUUAUAAUGAAGAAAUCCUGGGCUUGAUGGAUCCUGCUUUGCAAAUGGCAAAUACGUUACCUGUGUCCGGUAACUUGAUUGACCUUUACAAUAGCCAAGGAUUACCGCCUCCAAACCUGACCAUCAGCAACUCCUGUCCAGCCAACCUCCCCAACAUAAAAAGGGAGCUCACAGAGUCUGAAGCAAGAGCUUUGGCUAAAGAGAGACAAAAAAAGGACAAUCACAACUUGAUUGAACGAAGGAGAAGAUUUAACAUAAAUGACCGCAUUAAAGAACUAGGUACUUUGAUUCCCAAGUCAAAUGAUCCAGACAUGCGCUGGAACAAGGGAACCAUUUUAAAAGCCUCUGUGGACUACAUUCGAAAGCUGCAACGGGAACAGCAGCGUGCGAAGGAACUGGAAAACCGACAGAAGAAACUGGAACACGCCAACCGGCAUUUACUGCUGAGGAUUCAGGAACUUGAAAUGCAAGCUCGAGCCCAUGGGCUUUCCCUUAUCCCAUCCAUGGGUCUCUGCUCCCCAGAUUUGAUGAAUCGAGUCAUCAAGCAAGAACCAGUCCUUGGAAACUGUAACCAAGACCCGCAUCAGCAUCACACAGACUUAACUUGCACAACCACCUUGGAUCUCACAGAUGGUACCAUAACCUUCAGUAACAACCUUGGAGCCGGGACUGAGAGCAACCAAGCCUACAGCGUCCCUGGAAAAAUGGGAUCCAAACUGGAAGACAUUCUGAUGGACGAUACCCUUUCUCCUGUUGCCGUAACUGAUCCACUUCUGUCCUCAGCAUCGCCGGGAGCUUCCAAAACUAGCAGCCGGAGGAGUAGUAUGAGCAUGGAAGAGACCGAGCAUGCUUGUUAGCAAAUCCUACCUGCUCUGCAUUCUCACAAACUGCUCCCUUUCUUGAUUCAUAGUUUUAAUAAUUUACUCAAAUGGGGUUCUCUUGAUAAUUUUCCUUUAAUAUGAAUUUUUUUUCAUGCUUUAUCAAUAGCCCAGGAUAUAUUUUAUUUUUAGAAUUUUGUGAAACAGACUUGUAUAUUCUAUUUUACAACUACAAAUGCCUCCAAAGUAUUGUACAGUAAGCGUACAGUAUCUGUGAACUGAAUUCACCACGGACUUUAGCUUUCUGAGCAAGAGGACUUUGCGUCAGAUAAAUGUCUGUCCAUUUUUAUUCAGGGGAAUCUUGGUUUGAGAUUUUAUGCCUGUGACUUCCUUGAAAAUUAAAAGUAAAGUUUAAUAAUUGAAAGAAUGUAAAGCAACCAAAAAAAAAAAAGAGAGAGAGAGAGAGAGAAAGAAAAGAAAUCUAUAUUAACUUGGUUCCAUUUUGUAAAUGUUAUUGAUCCAUUGGUACUGCCUUAAAGAUACAGUACCCUUCGAUCAUUGUUUAGUCUUAUAUAUUCUAAACUAUUUAAAGAAAUACUAUAUUCUGUAAAAGAUGAAAAAAGUAAGUGCAGCCAUUUUCAUGAGGAUUGUCUGGUAGGAAAUAUAAGUGCAGGGGUUGCUGAAGAAAAGUAGAAGUGGGCUCUGAGAGCGAGUCCAAGCCCAGUCUUGUCCUGUGUGUCCAUGCCAUCUGUUUCCAUUUCCUCAUCAAUGAGUACAAUUCAAUUUUUCAUGAAACAUGUUUUCUUUUGAAAUGGAAAUGAAUGUCCUCUUAAAGUAAAAAUAUUGAGGAGCACUGAAAAUCGAUUUUAAAGUUUUUUUUUUUCCUUAUUUUUUUGCUUCUGAUAAGAAAACCAAACUGGGCACAUUUCUAAUUGGCUUUACAAUUUCUAUUUUUAAGUUAUGUUUUACUGUUCAUCUGAUUUGUACAGAUUCUUUAUUAUCAUCAUUCUUUUCCACAUGUUUGUAUUGAUUUUUGUAAGAGUAUGCAUCUUAAACUGAGGUGUUUUCAAUAUUUUUACAGCUCACGGUGGUUUUCCUUAUCCUUGGUACAACACAUCACAGAAGACAUUUAUGCCAGGUCUGUGUUUAAGGAGAGCUUUUGCGCAUAUUUUGUAUAUUACAGCCUCACUCAGAACUAACUGUUUUUUCACACAUUUAAGGAGUAGUAUUAAUAGGUUAAAGCCAAACUUUCUAGAGAAAAUAAACUUACAUAUUUAUUUUAAGUGAUAUAAAAAUAGCAAUAUUCUUGGAGACUGAUAACUAUAGCUUUAGUACGCCCAUCACGGUCAUUUAAAUUGGGAUUUAUUUCAGUACACUUGCUGAAAUUUUUUUUUUUUUUGAGAAAUACUGUAUUGGCAAGUUACUGUUACUUGAUAACAAUGUUUUAACAAACAGCAAUGUUGUAAAGUUAGAUUCAGUGCAUUAUCUACUUGUGUAGUCCUAUGCAAUAACAGUAGUGUUACAUGUAUUCUAUGAGGCCUAGGCUGUUUUCUUCAGAUGAUAAUAUGGAGUUCUGAGCCAGGCUGCUGAAUGGAGCUUCUAAGUUGCAGCCUCCAAUUGAAGAGUAAGUGGUAUACAGUAUAUCCAUUCAGAAUGAAGUGCCUUAAAUAUAGCAGUAGUCUUUGAGGGGGGGGGCAGCACUGACUGAAAUAUAAUUUAAGAGAAAGUUUCAUGAUGGUCUCUGUAGUCAAGAGGAACAUGUAGCGUGGUGCCUAUGUAGACAAUAUAAGAGCUUCCAAUUUUCCUUCCGAUGUUUUUAAUAUUAAAUAUAUUUUAGUGACAAGUGUGCCAACUUCAUUCAUCAGGAAACCUUAUUCAGGAGGGGAUUUUUUUGUUAUUUUUUUAAGUGUUUAAAUGUCAAAUGUGAAUUGAUGUUUGGUGAUGCAGAGUUGAGAAAGGAGGCGUGAUUGUCAGAUGUUUGAACGAAUGACUUUGUGAAAAUAAUCUAUUGCAUAGUUCCCAUGCGUACUGGGCAAUGAGAAUCCUUGGAAAUGUUGAUGUUGCUAUCAGUUUGAUAGCUUUAUUACUUAAGGGGGGAGGGGAAAUACGUUCCCAUUCUUUCAACCCCCUUAAUUGUAUAGCUCUUUUUAUUAGAAUAGUGAUGCAAAUCUGCAUGAACAGCUAAUUGUACCAUAGUGUUCAUUGAUACAAUCAUUGCAUUGUCUCUUUUUCUCUUCAUAUUUAUAUGUGGGGGGGGGGCUGGGGGCUGAAGGUGAAGAUUGCAAUGCUAUGAUGCUAGUUUUCCUUAGCUGAUUUUGAAGGAUUUUUAAAAACAAGAGCCGGAUUGAGUAACAAAGAAUUACAGCCAGGUUUAGGCAACCUGACAGGAAGCUUUGUUCAGAGAAAGUAUGGCAUCUUGUACCACUUCCCCGAGUCUGGCAACUCCUGAGCUUGCGACCACCUGUUUCCCUGUCCCCUUGUUCUUAGAAGACAAUUUCUGGGUGUGGCAGGUGAGCCAGACCAGGAGACUACUGCAGCCUUAGGGGUGGUUUUAUUUAUUUCUUUUUUGCCAAAUCGUGUGUGGAUAUGUUGUAGGGGCUACUUAAGCUCAGAGGAGGUGGUUUGGGCAUGCUAUUUUGUAUAAAGAGAACGACCCACACCCCCAUCUCUAGCGUGCCGAAUUGUGAUUGAGGUCGGGCCUCCAGACGGAGUGUCCAAAAUGCCAAAAUUGUCCACCUGCCUCUGGGUAAGGCACUGGAAAUACCAAACACUUCUGACUUUGCCAAAAAAACAAACAAACCAUACAACCAACAUGGUCAUACAUAGGAUGACAUGGUUCUUUCUGGUUGUUUUUUAAAUAAUAAAGCAAUAAGAACAAAUAAAAUACAUAAGAAGUUAAAAGACAUAAAGCAAAAGCACAAAGGAAUGUACUUAUUGUUUGUGGAAAAUGCACUGGGGAAAAGUUGAUAUUGAGAACAGUGUAAAAGAAAACUAUUUCUUGAAUAAAAUGACAAAUGACUGUCUCUUGUGGACGCUUGGUACUGUAAUGUUAAUAAUAGUCCCCUGCUGUUGGAUGCAGCAGUUAUUUCUGUAUGGUUCGUAGCACUGUAUGUUACAGAUCGCUACUAAUAUAUCCAAUGAAAUACUCAAACUUUUGUUCUUGAUAGCCUCAUUAAAGCAUUUGGUUUUUCACAUAG